AUGGCGCCCUCGGCUCUCACCUCCCAAGGGAGCCCGUCGAUCCCCGAACCCGCAAAGCCACAGCAACCCACUCCAGAAACGUCCCGGGAAGCUACCUCGCCCACGGUCUCACUUUCCGAAGAGAAUUUCGCCCUUAAGCAGCGCCUUGCUCAGUCUGAACUAGCCAAGAAGCACCUUGUCGAAGAAGUCGCAGAUGGAAAGCAAAGAGUCAUCGAUGCCGCGAAGCGUGCCACUGCCGCCGAGAUCGAGGCGAAAGCAGCAAAGGCACGCGCCCAAAACCGCUAUACAGAGAAGGUGCACGCCAACAACGAGAACCGUCAUCUGAAGAAACGGAUCGAUACGAUGGACAAGGAGCGUGCGGACUUCAUUGUUGGUGUUAAAAGCAUUCUUCAGGGUCGCGACGAGAUGAUAGCUAAGCUCGAGGAAGAGAAGGCUAGUGGAGAAUGUUCUAAAGAAGAACUCAUUGAGAAGUUCACAAAGCAGGUAGAUGUCUUUCAACAGGGCUACCUCGCGUCUGAACGUGAUAAGGAGAAGUUGAAACGUGAGAAAGAGAAGGAGAAACGUGAAAAAGAGCUGGAGAAAAAGGUGUCUGAUAAGAUCAUUGGCCAGCUUAAAUCCGACAGGGACACGCAGGGCAACGUCAACAAGGAUCUGAAGAGCGUGAUCGCACAAUUACGACAAGAAAUCGCCACGGAGAAAGAGAAAUCGAAAGCCGCAGCCGAUGCGUCGACCAUGGACCAGAUCGAGGCUCGCGUCGCUGCUGCCAAGGCUGAUGGGUUCAAAGAAGCCACCAUAGCAAAGCAGAGUGAGAACGCCGUAUACCGAAAGACAAUAGAAGAAAAGGCGACCGCACAUGUCGCAUGGAUGAAGAAGGACAUUGAGACGAAAGCGAAAGAGCACGUACAGAAAAGAGAGGCUGAAUGGCGUUCAGAGCAGACUAGUCUCAUACAGAGGGCUUCUGCAGCUGAAGCUGCGCUGAGUGCUGCCAAUACCAAGCUUGCGAUAGCCCAGCAACGGCCUAUAGCAGCAUCAGUAUCGCACCCUGUGCCAAACGAUGCUCAGAGGCCUCCCAAACGGAGCCAGCCGACUUCUUCGCAGGGAGCGUUCGACUCUAACAAGCGAAGGAAGCUUGACGCAGCUGGUGCUGCCGGUAUCACUACACCAGACUUUCACCGUGCGCACUCGAACUCGCUUCCCUCCGACACAAAUGCCAUAAGCCCUUUGUCAGCCCCAUGGACGAACGGUGAUACCAUGAUGGGCGGCACACAAAUGCAGAGGCAAGCUCGACAUGUCGCACCGAAUGGCAUGCAUGGACGAAGCUCGUCACAGCAGUCGACUGGCUCAGCAGGGCAGAUGGCACCCGCCCGGCGUCCUUCGCAACAGCCUGGUGCCAUGAUGGCCGCGCCUCCAGGACGCACACCCAGCAACAUGUCACCCCAGCAGCAGCGACACUUGAUGCAGAACUUGGCUGCGGGUAACGCCGGCAGCCAAUCACCUAGAUUCCCUCAACAUAACUUAGGCCUGAUGCGCACAUCUCCGCAGGUCGGUCGACAGAUGGGAAGUGGUCAGCAUAUGACCAACCAGGCCGGAAACAUGAACUCGUACGACGGGGACUUAUCGAUGCAACAGAUGCAGCGAGAUGCUCAGUCGCAAAUCCGGUCACAGAUGUCGACACCGGCGCAUGGGUCUAUGAGACGUACACCUUCGUACGGCUCAGCUUCUUCUGUGGCGUCGCCUCGACCUCACGUCGCGCAACACUCUUCGAGUCAAUUUGCACCCCCAACUGGGCAAAACUGGAAUAUGAGGCAGAACUUUGAGCAGCAGAACUUAUCAACAAAUGGUACGAACCAGAGAGUGGCGGGAAACUACGCUCCCAUCAUGGAAGAGUUGGAUUCGAAUUUUACCUUCGAUGUUAACGCACUUACGGGAGAUGUUGGUGCUGCUUACGUUCGUUCUCAGCAAAACCUCGGAGACGCACAUGAUAAAUGCAUUAACUACGCUGCCGGCACUUGCGACAAGGGCAACAAGUGUCCCAACGUACACGAAGGAGACGAGCGUUACCAGAACGAGGAGUUCCUCGUAGCCCAGACCAAGGCGGGCAAGCGGCCUUCACGUUUGGGUACGAGGGCAGAAGCGAAGCCGCCGCCAACCCAGGAUUAG